AUGGCUGACAUGUCCAAGUUGGACCCUGCGACUACAGUCACCAAUAUCAAAUCAUGCAUUCCUAUUGUUCUUGACUAUGAAGGAAGCCAAUACAACAAUUGGGCUACCCUCUUCAAGCUCCAUUGCCGAGCAAACUUGGUGAUCGACCACAUACUACCUCCUGCCUCCCCCACCGUGCCACUACCGGCAACGGCAGCUGAGAAACUUGCUACGAAGGCUCUAUGGGAACGGCUAGAUGACAUUGUUCGUCAAUGGAUAUAUGGUACAAUAUCGAAUGAUCUUCUCAACACGAUCAUUCAUCAAGAGGACACCGCAGCCGAGGCAUGGAAUCAUCUUGUUCAUCUCUUUCAGGACAACAAAUCGGCUAGGGCUCUUGCUCUUGAUGCAAAAUUCACCAACACCAAAUUGGUGGAUUUUUCGAAUGUGAAAGCAUACUGCACCAGGCUAAAAGUUCUUGCAGAUAAUCUCGCAAACGUCGGCCACAAAGUUUCCGACGAACGACUUGUGCUUCGUCUUCUGCGAGGAUUAUCGGAGGAAUAUAAAACCUUUUGA